AGUCGCCUUGCAGCGUUCGCGCUAGGUGUGUGCGUUUGGCGUUACAGUACCGCGCGUCCGUUCGUUUUGAUAUUUCGACUUUCGUUAUUAACUUAUAGCCAAAAUAUCGUGUAGUCUACAUCUAUAUUGACUGCGUUGAAUACAAAAAUCUAUUUUUGUAACUGAAACGUCGUGGUUGUUUGUAAACAGUGAUGGGGUGAUUUUAUAUUUGGAAUACUUUACAACUUACGUUCUAUCCAUAGACAAGUUUUGAGUUUUUAUUAGUGAAUUUGACGGAUAAAGUGUACUUGUGAUUUGGAAAUAAAAUUCUAUUUGUUUUGUGCCAGUGAUGUGAUUGAGUGGAUACAUCAAAUAUGUUUGGAGUAUUUAUCCGGAGAUGGAAACCUAAAAGGGUAUCAAACAACGAAAGAAACGAGAGUCCUGGCACAGAUGAUGGCAGUGUAUCCCCUGAACCACCUGACCGGCCGCCCGGGAAGGUACGUCAAGUUCAUCCGGAGGAUAAAGCCCAAUUUGUCGCAUAUGAUCCCAUAUAUCGUAAAAAGGCAAAGCCGAAAUCACUUCCCCUUGAAGACAAUCAGAUGUACAGUCACUUAGCCAAUACAAAUGUAGCAAUGUCUCCAAUGUAUCCGCUCACACCAAAUAUUUGCGUCGAGGGAGGCAAGAUUGAGUUCAUCAAGUCGCCGCCAGGUAGCGCUAGAAACAGCGUGGCGCUAGUAUCGCCGCCGCAAACUCCAGUGGUAGUUCGGCGCAGUUCGCGGGAAAAACGUGAAGUACGAUGUAGCGACGAACACGUUGAGAAGUUCGAUGGUGAUAAGGAACUUCUGGAAAAGCGUAUAAAGCAGCUGGAAGCUCAGUUAGAGGAGGAGAAACGACGAACUCAACGGGAACGAAUGGCUGUCACCAAACUGCAGAAUAAGCUGAUUAAGGUAAGCAUAGAAUUUUAGUAAAAACAAAGUGUUUACGUAUUACAGACUUGUUUAUCGAUUCGCUACAUUAGAGAGACAAUAUGUUUAUUUAGCCGUGGUAGCUCAGAUGGAUAGCGCUCGCGGUAAAUUUCACAGUACGCGAGCAACCCGAGUUCGAUCUCGGCGGCACUAAUGAAAUUGUUAAUUGCAAUUUUAAGUGCCCAUUUACCACGUGCUCGGUGGUGAAGAAUAACAUCGAGAGGUAACCUGCAUGUCUGAGGAAUAAGAAAAAAAAAGUAUUUCGAAGACAUGUGAAGUUCGCCAACACGCAUUGGGGCAGCGCGGCGGACAUUUUCUUGCCCUAAAACCCUCUCAGAAAGGAGAGGAGGCCUGUGCCCAGCAGUGGGACGCAUAUAGGCUGUAAAUUUUUGACGGCUCCGUGGCGCAGUGGCUUAGCAAUGAGUUCUUGCGCUGGGAGCCGCGGGUUCGAAUCCCGCACGGAACAAGUAUUUGUAUGGCCUACAAAUAAUUGUUCCGGGUCUGGAUGUUUGUCCUCGUGCAAUUUAUGUUUGUAAACUGCCUCCACGACACAGGAGAAAUCCUAGUGUGGGGAUAACGUUUAUUUAAAAAAAAAAAACGUUAACUUUUAAUUUUUUAUAUUUAUCUAUGCUGGUGGGAACGACAUUCGUUAUCAGAUGAUUACUCUGCAAGUCACUGCUAAAUCUACCAUCAUUAGUGGUAGAGGCACGCUGUAACAUUUUAAAUCCACAGUACAAAUAGGAAAACAAGGUCAAACUGAAUUAUUAUCACCUGCAUCAGAAUACCUUUACAGAAUAAUAAUCUCUAACAAAUAUAAUUGUUUGCUUCGUACGGUGACGAAAGUGGAGACCCUUUUUACUGGUAACGAGGUAUUCCAUCUUGGCAGAUUCAUAAUUUAUGAUAGCCGUUCCGGGUUAGCAUGGUACGGAUCUACUAAUUUUUUUUUAUAUAAGAUAGGGUGACAAACGAGCACACAGUCCACCUGAUGGUAAGUAGUUGCUGGGUCACAGCAAUAGACUUCUACAUCUAUCCACAAUAAAAAAUCAAAAUGCAGACACGUUCUCAGCUUUGAGGACUAAGAUGGAAUGCCUCUUUUCCAGUAAAAAGAGUCCCCGGUUCUCUACACUCAACAUACGAAACACAGCAGCUUUAUGCUACUAUUUUACGCUGGUUUUCUGUGAGAGCGUAGUUUACGGGGAAAUAGGCAUUUCGCCGUAAAAACGAGGGUUUCAUGCCGUGGCAAAAAUACUAGGAUAUUCAAAAUCUGGAAACUAACACAUAUUUUACAUAAAUGAAGAAAGGCGCGCGGGAGUGUUUAGACCACACGGCAGUCAUUAGUCGAUUUUUUAUGCUUCAAAACCUAAUUACCAAAGACAAAAUCCACAUCUACGGUUUAAUUACAGUAGACGGAAAUCUUUAAUAAAGACAGUCUCUAUAGUUAAGUUACGUUUGUAUCUCAAACUCAAUUUGGCUGUAUUUAGAAUUCGCGAUGAACUUGUUUUAAUCAAAAGCUGAAGGAUUGUACGGGAGAUUGAUUGAAAAUCAUUUACCUUUUCAAAUCUGACGGAUUAUCCGGGCCCCAUUGUUUAAUAUUACCUCUCGAAUUGAACAGAUACGUUCGGAGUUUGUGUUGCUAUGGAUACCGUCAGGUAUGAUUUAAAUCUAUUAUCUAUAAUACAAUAUAUUAAUAAGUCAAGCGAAAAAUUUCUACCCCUUCUUAAGCAUAUUGAACACACAGAGGAGUGUAAGAAUUGGCAUAGUUAAAGUUUAUAUGGUCAAAUACAUAAGAAUAGUCUGUCGUUUGCCGGUAUUUAUACAAGAAAUAUCAAACACACAAAAAGAAAAAGAAAUUAAAGUGCUUUACCGGAAAUCUCGAGUCUGUGGUCAAAAAGACAUACAUACUCCGAGAUUUUCGGUAAAACAUUUUUAUAUGUCAUACUAUCAAAUAAUUACUGAUAAAUUGAUUGAAUGGACAGUGAAUUUUUAUGUGCUUUCAAAUGUUCCUUUUUCAAAUCUGUGGAGUGGCUAUCGUAAGUUUAUUUUAUAUUUUGUGUAUUAGGUAUUUAUGUUUUAUAGGUUUAUGUGCAAUUGAAAAUGAAAUACAGCCUGUACGGUCGAAUACGGUCGAAUUUCGACCACCAGACAUCCACUAGUUCUGUUAAAUCUCGUCAAGUAUUGUCAAUUCUUUAUCAGUUUUGGAUUAAGUAAUAAUAUUACACUUUAAAAUAAGAUCUAAAAUUACACGCAUUGAUUAUGAACUGUGAUGAUCUUAGUGGGAUUAGAAGGUUCUUAAUACGUCUGCAACAUUUCAGAUCACGCAGACGUCCGACAUGAACGAAAACUUAUUUACACAAAAUUCAAGCUAAUAAAAACGUGUUAAAAGCAAAGUAAUUGCAUCAUGAGAGGGUUAUGUAGCAGAUAGUUUGCCGCGCUGCUCCAAUGCUUGUUGGGUUUUAAAAAUGUCUUUGAAACAUUUUCUACCGACUUCAAAAAGGAGCCGAUACUCAAUUCGACUGUAUGUUUUUUUAUGUGUGUUACCUCAUAACUUUCUACUGGGUGAACCGAUUUUGAUGAUUCUUUUUUUAUUUGAAAGCUGGUGCUUCACAUGUGGUCCCAUAUAAAUUUGAUCAAGGUCCGACCAAUAGUUUUUGAGUUAUUCUUAAUAAUUUAUAUUGAAGUCGGUUGUACAAAAUUUUUAAUUUUAAAUUAUAUUGUUUUAACCAUGCAGAUCUUGAUGCUUACAUCGUCGUCGUUCGCGUUGUAAAUCAGCACUUAAAUGGCAAAUAACAAACACUUUAGUAGCAGCAGGAACCGAACUCAGGUUGUUUUUUUUAUAUAUAAGUAGAGAAAUGCACAAUUACAACAACUGGGGGAAUUGCCGGUUUUUAAACAGAAAUGAGCUCGUGCGCUUUGAAAUGUUAAAGUUAGCGCCUUUUUAUAUUUAUAAUAAAUAUAAUCACAUAUUAACGUGAAGUCCUUGGUACAGACUAUUCAAUACAAACAUAAAAGUGAGUUCAAUUAAGAAGGGAAUCAUAGCGUGCAGUAUUGAACAUGAUAGAAUUUUUAAUCUCAUAUCUAGUAAAAAAGGAAUAAUUGUGGGAGUAACGACAAAUAUUUGAUUCAGACUUCGACCCUCCUCACCGUCUGGGCUGGAGGUACGUCUGCAGGGAAUUUAACGAGUUUUGAUUGCUUGCAUCAAAUUGAUUGGGCGUCUUUUUAUUGCGUUGCGUUCUUCUAGCGUUUGUGUUUAAAACGGGUUUUCAUAUAACUUCCAGUAUUCCUGUGGGGGUCUGCAAGUUGAGUAAUUAGUAAUUAUUUCAAACAGUACAAAUUUGGUUAGGGACUAUAUUUGUUUUUAUUUUCCCCUUGUUUGAGUUGCAUACUGAAUUCGCCAUGAAAACACAUUUACCGCAUUGUUAUUAAAAUGUAUCUAGCUCUUAAAACUAAUAUGUAAUAGUAUGUAUUGUCUGUGGUUCACAUUAACUAGGUUCACACUAACAGGUAAAAAAAACGAAGUACAGCAUUGAGGUGCAAUUUUACUCUGGUAUUUUGUGAGAACGUAAUCCUUCACCGGCCGAGCUGAUCUAUUCGUGCUACAACUAUAAUAUAGCUACAGCGUAGUUCUACCACAUAUCAUAAGUGCUCUCUAAUGUUAAAAGUAUAAUUUAAAUUUAAACAUUUUGUACAGCCGACUUCAAUAUAAGUUAUUUAAGUAUAACUCAAAAACUAUUGGUCUGACCUUGAUCAAAUUUAUAUGGGACCACACGAGAACUAUUAGCUUUCAUAUAAAAAAAGAAUUAUCGAAAUCGGUUCAACCAGUACAAAGUUAUGAGGUAACACAC